AUGUCACCGUCUUCGCCUGUAUCUGCCUCUAAGGACCAGACCAUGGGGACGCAGGACGAAUUUUCGACCGCAAUGGCUGAGGACCUCGCCGAGUGGAUGUCUCAUCUCGUCCCGGAUCUUGCCUGCGAUCUGACUGGGGACAAUUUCUUUGACAAAAUCUCUGACGGCACACUUCUGUGCCACUACGCAACUGAACUACACCGACGCAUGAUUGAGAGUAAAUCAGGCUCCAAAAAGGGUGGCAAGCAGCGCCUACACGGGGUCCGCAUUGCUGGUGCCAAAGCUGUCGUUCCCAGUGAACCCCCAGCUUAUCAUUCGCGGGGACAUAAAUGGCAGAACCUCGCGGGUGGUUCCUUCUGGGCACGUGACAAUAUAGCCAACUUCCUUAAAUGGUGUCGCUCAGUAGGAUUUCCUGACUACAUCCUCUUCGAGACGGAGGACCUGGUAUCGAGAAAGUGUUUACGCAGCGUUAGUGUCUGCUUGUUGGAAUUGGGUAGACUUGGCGGAAAAUUCGGAAUGGAGGUGCCAGAGGUAGUACACCUCGAGAAGCAAAUAGAUGCUGAACUGGCUGCCGAACAUUGUGAUGAGCCCGAAGGGGAAGGGAAGGAUAGGCCCUUUAUGCCCAAGAACAAAAUUCCGGUUGCGCGCAUGUCUUCUUUGGACGUAAUCGUAGACAAAAUUCUGACUGAAUGCACUUGUAACCCGCCCUUCUCGAUGGUUCGUGUCGGCGAGGGUCGUUAUGUUUAUGGUGAGAAAAGCACGCCCAUCUUCGUUCGACUGACCACUCUCUACGCUAAAGGUGUUAUCGGCAGGUGGAGCUCUGGACUGUAUCCUGUUAUAAACAUCGACUUAAUAAGUGGGGCUUUGAUAUCUUGUUUAUGCGUACCUACGGGUAUGUGGACCUGCAGCAGGUGUAAUACCAGUUUCGAUUAUGCAAAUGUUGGAUCGAAAAAAGAGGAGGAGGAGGAGGAGAAAAUAGAGGUAAAGAUGAAGAAGUCUGAGAUGACCUUAUCUGAGUUGUCUUCUGUGACCGGUCAGCAAUAG